AUGCAACCAUCGACCAUGGCACUCGGCAAGGAGAAGAGAAAGACGACUGUCGUCGUUACUAGUGGUGCCGAUGACACUCCAGUAGCUCCUCCAGUUGUAGACGGCCUCCGCGAGCUUCCUGACAACUUUUGUCCGGUGGAGGAGGUCGUGCUUGGCGGCGACGAGAACAUCGCCAAGAUUCACCCAGGCAACCGACGUCUUCAAGCUCUCAUCGAAGCCAAACUACCACAGUACGCCGCACCCAAGCGGACCAUCAAGGCGAGAGUCGUCGAAGAGGUCAUGAGAGAAAUUGCCGAGGCCAGCCACGUUGGAGGAUUCGUCCACUACGAUCCAAACGCUAAGCGGUGGUUCGCUCUUCACGAUGGACGCAAGAUUCGAAAUCUGAUCUCCAGUUUGUUCCGCGUUGCCCUUGCCGAACGCAACAAGACUUCGUAUGGGAUGACGGUCGACUACAGCAAGCAGCAGGAACGACACAAGACGUCAAUGUACCCACCCCCCAAGGCGAAUGCACCAAACGCUACGGCUGGUCGUGCCGUCACCGCGGGACCGGAUCAUCUAUCGUCGCCACUGCCGCACGAUAUUCUUGCAUUGGUGUCGUCUCCUUCGCCACUCAAGUUUCGACCCUCUUCACCCAUUGCGUCUCCACCCAUCUUUACCAUCUGCGAGUUGAAUCAACCGUCCAACAAAAGUGCCCACGCGACUGUGCCCAAUGGUGUUCAUGCUCGCCCUGGACUCAACGUGAGGCCGACUUUUGUGGGCUCCUCCCCGAUGGAGAUUCCGCCUGUGCGCAAGCAGCCGAUGAGUGGUGCUUCUAGCAUCAGUCCAGCGCCCUUUCCCUUUGCUUACUCCCCGCGACAGCAAGCAGCCCAAGCAGCCGCAGGAGAUUUGGAACUGGAGGACUUGAUCAAGUUCUUGAAGGAAAGCGCAUAA